AUGGCCGAGCCCGCCGCUGCCGCCCUGGACUCGCAGGCCUCUGCGGCGCGGCUCCUCGGAGCGAGGCUGAGGCGGCCCGCCUCUAGGCUCCCGGAGCCCUUGCCAUGGCUUCUGGGUCGCCCGCCGCCGCCCCCUGGGCCGGGAUUACCGCGGCGGCAGCGGCAGCAGCCUGGCCGGCUCCUCCUCCUCCUCCCGCCGCGGCGCGCUCAGGUGAGUGGCCGGCAGCGCUGCGUAGGGGAGCCGGAGCUCUUUCCUCGCCGCAUCCGGCGGCGGCUGCUCCUCCUCCUGCUCCCUGUUUUCCUCCUCCUCCCUGAGCUGGGCCCGGCUCGGUCACAGGCCGGAGAAGAGGAGGGGACGCGGCUCGGAUUGCGGAGGGGACGGAGCAGCCGGAGCCGGCCGCUUGCAGCGCCGAGGAAACACUAG